UUCUCGCGAGACAGUCAUAUGAUCGACUGUGAUCGACACGAAAAAGGGCGAGUCCGAUUUAGACAUUGACGGGUCCGUAUUUCGAGUAGUGCGUUUGUUAGAAACCGCCCGAGAUGAAGGGUUGCAUGUUCAACAUCGACGGAGGAUAUUUAGAAGGCCUCUGCCGAGGGUUUAAAUGCGGGAUCCUCCAGCAAAGUGACUAUCUCAAUCUCGUACAAUGCGAGACUCUCGAAGAUCUAAAAUUGCAUUUGGCCGGCACCGAUUACGGUAGCUUCUUAGCUAACGAACCGUCGCCACUCUCUGUCAGUGUGAUUGACGAUAAACUGAGGGAAAAGCUGGUUGUUGAAUUUCAACAUAUGCGUAAUCAUUCUGUAGAGCCUCUGUCGCAGUUCUUAGACUUUAUUACGUACAGUUAUAUGAUCGAUAAUAUCAUCUUGUUAAUUACUGGGACUCUGCAUCAAAGGCCGAUCUCAGAAUUGAUUCCUAAGUGUCAUCCUCUUGGCAGCUUCGAACAAAUGGAAGCUAUUCAUGUAGCGACUACCCCAGCUGAACUUUACAACGCAGUACUAGUAGAUACUCCUCUAGCGCCGUUCUUCGUGGAUUGUAUCUCUGAACAAGAUUUGAACGAGAUGAACAUUGAGAUAAUCAGGAACACAUUAUACAAAGCUUAUCUGGAAGCGUUUUAUAAAUUCUGUAAAGAAAUUGGUGGGACAACUGCUGACACCAUGUGCGAAAUACUUGCGUUCGAAGCUGACAGACGAGCAAUUAUUAUAACUAUUAAUUCUUUUGGAACCGAACUGGGUAAAGACGAUAGAGCGAAAUUAUAUCCACGUUGUGGAAAAUUAAACCCUGACGGGCUAGCAGCUCUGGCGAGAGCUGACGAUUACGAACAAGUGAAAGCUGUAGCAGAAUAUUUUGUCGUAAGUGUACUCUUUAGAAUUGAGAAUCAAAGUUCCUGUCGAGAAUAUGUUUAUAUUUAUAAUUCGAAGGUGCAGGUUCGUUUGAACGUUCACGCGUUCCUCCAACAAUUCCACUUUGGAGUGUUUUACAGUUAUCUUAAAUUGAAGGAACAGGAAUGUCGCAAUAUCGUCUGGAUAGCGGAAUGCGUCGCGCAAAAGCACCGUGCUAAAAUAGAUAAUUACAUUCCCAUUUUUUAA